UCCCCCCGACGCCGUUCUUGAGCCUGCUCUCUCGCUACAGCCUGUCGAAAGAACGUGGAGCACCCAUACUUUGUCGUUUGAGACCCUGAUCUCGCAUCCAAACCGCCCUCUCGUCUGCACAGCAUCUCGCGAUGGCAGACGACAACGAGCCCCGCACCCUCAAACAGAUCGCCGCGCUCGCCGCGCAGAAACGGCAGGCCAUCGAAGCUACCUCCCCAGUGUCCAACCCCUCCUACGCCGCCGACCUCGAGAUCGCUAUUCAGGCCCAUCGCGAUACCAUCGAAACGAUCUCCCGUGUCUCUCUCUUCUCCCCGAACGAACCCCUCGACGACAUUGCGACCCCAGACCUCCCCUACCUCCUCACGGAAUCCUUCCUUGCCGACCUCUACCUCAAGACCCCGACCCCGAACCCCAUCGACCGCGAGCUGGUCCUCUCUGAAGCCCGCGAAGCCUACGAGCGCUUCCUAGCCUCCCUUGACUCGUACGAGAUCCUCACGCCCGCCCACAAGACCCUCUACUCCCGCUACACCGACGACCCCGCCGCCUUCUCCACCGUCGCCGCCUCCGACCCCUCGAAGCGUCGCGGCGCCAAGAUCGCGAAUUUCAGGGCUGAGAAGGAUCUCAAAGCCCGGCUCGCCACCCUCGCUGCCAACCCCCGCUACGGGCUGAACCGCGAGCUCGAGGUCCUCGCGCAGGCGGCGACCGCGCGGCCGCUGCUGCCGGCGAGGGAGACGGUCGAGGAGGACGCGCGCCGGCGCCGCGCCGCCGAGGAGAGCGGCCACGCCGAGAGGCUGGAGCCGCGCCGGCUGCGCAGCAUACUGGAACAGAGCGGGCCGCUACUCAGCAAGGCCGGGAAGCCCAUGCGGCCCUUUACGCUUGUCGGUUCGCGCGAGGAGGCGCAAGCUGGCGUCUUUAGGACGGGCCAUAACCUGCCGACCAUGAGCAUUGACGAGUAUCUGGAGGAGGAGAGGAAGCGUGGCGGCAUUAUCGAGGGCGGUGGCGAGGCCAGCUUUCACAGACCCGAGCCGGAUGAGGACGAUUACGAAAAGGCGGAUGAAGCUACGUACAAAGCGAGGGCUUGGGACGAGUUUGUCGAGGCGAACCCCAAGGGGGCUGGAAACACGUUAAAUAGGGGGUAG